AUGAGCAGUCCCCCGGUCGCUGUGGUGAGAGAAGUACCGAAGAGGGGACAGGGCGCCUGGCAGACGUACACUGUGGCGGAAUUGACGGCUGGGGUGACUGGGAAAGAGGAUGAGAAUAAGGGUUGGGAGUCACUGCGCAUCAAUGUAUCACACAAAGAUCUUGAUGACGAAAAAAAGUACUGUAAAGACCAAAACCAAAAAGCAAAGAGUUUUUGGAGUGGGAAUGAAGAGCAGUGUAAAGAUGAAGAUGUUUUGAAUGACGAAAAGAAGAAGGAACUCAUCGAAAAGAUUCUCCCUGAGGCCAUCAAAUUACACACCGAUCGUCUCCUCGUUAAGCCAAUGAAAACACCCUGGAAUGUAAUACCAUUUGAAAAUACGAAUUUUUGUUCUCACUUUACAAUUCCCAAGAAAGAUGACGGCAAGCUCAAGGUCGACGAAGAGAAACUCCCAGAGACUAAUUUUAUGUUGUAUGUGGCUACUGGUUCCCGUGGAAAUAAUGCACCUCGUUCCUGGGCUCUUACUUGUGCUGUUGAUGCCAAUGAUAAUAACCGUCCAAUCAUUGGUGCCAUGCGUGUCAACCCAAAGAACAUUGCGUUUGGAAAGGGUAUCGUUCGCCUUCUUGCACAUGAACUUGGCCAUGCUCUUGGAUUUGACUACGAGAGAAUGAAUGAGCGUGGGAUGAUUACUGUCCGCGACAUUCGAGGCGAAGAUCGCAUAGUGGUGAAAUCUAAUAAAACACUGAUGAAGGCGAAGGAACAUUAUGACUGUGACACCAUGGAAGGUGUAGAGUUGCAAGUUACCAAUGGUAUUGAUAAUAAUGGACCAAAUUGUACACACUGGACGCAGCGGUACGCCAAGGAUGAAUUGAUGAGUAUCACUAAAUUUAGUGUGGUGUACGAGAAUAUUGGGUACUACACUGCACUGACGAUUGCAGCAUUUGAAGAUAUGGGUUUUUAUAAAGGAAAAUUUGAAAUGGCAGAAAACAUGAGUUGGGGUCGCGGCGCGGGUUGUGAAUUGAUUAAAGGGACUUACAAGGAAGAACUUGAAAAAAAGUACCCCAAUAUGUUCUGCAAAUAUGAGGGUAAGAGUUUAUGUGCCUCCAACCGUAUGGGUAUGGGUACGUGUUCUGAGCGUGAAUCGAACAAUGGUGAUAUCAACUUCGUUACUCAAAAUGAGUUUGCUUUAUGUACAAGUAAAGAAUUGACCCCAGGUUAUGGAGUUGGGCGACCAGAUUCAUGGUGUUUGGAUACUGACGAUCUUGUGAGACGCAAUAAUGAUGAGAAUUCGACUUCGUAUGGUGUCUGUGGAGAGGUGAGGUGUGACACAGGAUUUGUCGAAGUGCGGUUUGAUGAUAAAGAUGAGUGGCAUAAGUGUGAUGAGGAGGAUCAAACCUUUAAGCCGAAUAUGGCAGCUGCCUUCGACUAUGUGAGUGGUAAGGUCAAAUGUCCAAAGUACUCUGAAGUGU